AUGUCUGGCACUCUCUCUUACCUUCCCCCGGUCAAGCCCUCGGCUGUCGCCCUCGGUGCCGUCUUCACCCACGUUGCCUCGCUCGCCGUCCUCGGCCCCGUCUUCGGUGACGUCUACCGCAAGGCCCAGCGCGCCAACUCCUCCGAGGAGUUCGCCAAGUCCAAGGAGGCUGCCGGUGCCGCCGCCGCCUGGGGAAGCUCCCUCGUCGGUGCCGCCAUCCAGUCCUACGGUGUCGGUGCCCUGAUCAACGCCACCGGCACUCUCUCCUACAAGGGUGCUGCCUACCUCGGUGCUCUCGUCCUCUUCGCCUCGUCUGCUCCUUCGUUCAUCUCCCAGAUCGCCACUGAGAAGCGCCCUCUCGACACCUUCGCCGUCGGUGCCCUCGCCCGCGUCUUCGAGACCGUCGGUCUUUCGCUCUUCCUCACCUACUGGGGUACCCGCAACGGCCCCCUCAACUCCUCCGUCUUCUAG